CAUUUUCCACUCUUGCUCUAAGAUAUGUGACAAGGAUAUGCUGUAGAGGCUACAUGAAGAUGACUCUCAUCAGUGAUAUGCAUAUUUAAUCAUUUUGGUAAGAGAGAAUGGAGAAUGAGGAGAAAGUUGUUAAUCGUUUUUAGAGUGCUUUGAAAAAGCAUAUAGAAAAUCAUUAAUAGGGUCAAUAUAAAACAGCAUAUAAACUGGAUGAGUGCAUUGGGAGUCAUCAUAUUCGUGACUGAGAACGAAUCACUGCGUCAAUUAACGCAUCUAAAUGCAACAAUAAAGAAUGCGCUUGCGUCAAUUAAGGUGUGUGAAUCCACCAAUAAGAUGCGCCGGCGGGGCGUCCUCAUAACGUGCACAAAGCAAACUGACUGAUUUACGCAAAGUGUCUAGAUUCGCUUCUCCAGUGAUGUAAGUGGUAAAUAUUGAUGAAGUGGAUGGAUGUCCAAUAGGCGUAGGAAUUCCUUGCUCGAACUGCUCUGCGAACAAACGGAUUAAAUAAAAUCUUAUGCUGACAAGAUAACUUAGUAAGAGUGUACAUUUUAUUUUGUUAUUACACAAAGGGAUCUAUUCUGUAAGAGAUGGCUAUUAAUACAGACGCCUCUCACGCGACAGAUGUCCUGGGCGAGAGCGCAGCACUGCAGUCCGAUUUCGGAGAUACCCAGAAACUUCUUGACAUCUCAGACAAAGAGCUGAAGAGAGAAUUAAACCACACACCAUCUGAUACACACCUCGUUACGUCUUUUGAAGCGGAACGGAAUGAACAGACUGUUGUUGACACUGCCUCACUGCCCCGCUCUCCAUCGCGGGUGGAUUUCAGCCGCGCGCCAUCGCCCACGCCCGGAGAACGAGAGCCGUGUAGCUUCAUGUGGUUGGCUGUGAUCUCCUGCUUCUGCCUGGCCGUUCCAAUAAACCUCUUCGCACUUUAUUUCGCGCAUAUGUCUCGGUCCAUGAUACAAGCAAAAGAUUAUGAUGGGGCCAGAAGACUUGGACGUCUAGCAUUGUUGCUUAGUGUUGUUUCCAUUGUUGUGGGUACAGCUAUAGUCCUUUAUCUGGUGAUAACAGAGUUAAAAUAGCUGUGGACAUCCUACAAAAUUGAGAGCACUGAUGUAAAUGUGUAUUGGAGCCGAAACCAAAGAAGAUGAAUGAUAAAUGCCAUGUGUAAACCUUCAAAAAACAAAGCUAGAAUCUUAAUUUAUAUUAUAUACAGUGUUAAAUUUGUUUUAAUGUUUUGACAAGUUUAUUUUUUUUUGUUUCUAAUUUAUCUUUGUUGCUGCUUGGCAAAUUAAGGUUGCUUUUGCUUUAUCCAACAAUGCAUUAGCAGCACCAAACUAAUUUUGCACUAAACAAAAAAAAAAAAAGCCUUUUUAAUAUUACUACAUGAACUACAUGAAAUGACAGUCAGCUGUUUAUAUUUUGAAUUUCAUACAUUUUAACUCUUUCAAAUAAGAAUGACUCCUAUGCAAAGCUGAAUCUAUACAUUUUACGUCUUUGUUAUUAUGUAGUGCAUGUUGCAAUAUAGCAAGAAUGUGACAUCUGUUCUGAAGUGGGUGUGUAUAAAGGCACAUAGUUUGUAUUAUUCUUUGUAUUAUUGUUAUAUACGUUGCAUUUUGUGUAAUCUGUUAUAGCUUAAAAGUAUAAUUCACCCAAAAAUGAAACUUCUGUCAUCAUUUACUAACCAUUAUGUCAUUCUAAUGAACUAAAACCUGUAUGUCAUUAUGUCAUUCUAAUGAACCUUAAAACCUUUUUUUAACAUUUCUUUUUAGAAAAGUAUUUUUAUUAUUGUCAUUUAGAUGCAUAGGCUUAUAGGAUCAUAAGUAGAUAUCUAGCAACAAUAUUAUAUUAAAAAUUUGUAUUGAACUCUUAUAAGAUUGAGCAGUUGCACUGAGGCUGAACAAGGGCUAUAUUCAACCAAAAGCACAUGCAUGUCUGAAAAAAAAAAACAAUAAGUGCAUUUGAACUGUGCAAAUUUGCUGAUACGGUGCCAUAUUUUUGCAUGUUAUAAAUUAAACCAAGCAUACCAAAUUGUCUAGUUUAAGUGUGAUUUUUGCAGAUUGUUUGAC